CCUGAAGAGCGGCGGCGCCCCGAGGGGGCCGUCAGACCGACAGCGAAGCGUCGCCGCGCUGCGAGCGCCUCCGACAGAGCAGCGCGGACACCAUACUCUUUAUACCGGUGGCUACUUUCCAGUGAUUUUUUUUGCUACCUCUGUAUAUUUAGGGUUCUGAUUUCGCUGACGGUUUAUUGUUGAGGGUUUUCUUUUCGCGUUGCGAGAAGCAGCAGCGGAGAAAGGAGCAUCUCCUUAUCCCGAGGCUUCGGCACGAAACCUCGCUUUCAAGCUUUUGAGGAGAAGGCGCGGCGAGAGCCCCCGCCGCCAAGGACAAAAGAGCGGCCGCCGAGCCCCGCUACCGACCCCGGCACCGUCGCCAUGAGCAGCGCCGAGAUGGGCAAGUUCAACAUCUCCCCCGACGAGGACAGCAGCAGCUACAGCUCCAACAGCAACGACUUCAGCUACCCCUACCCCACCAAGCCGGCCGCCAUCAAGAGCCACUAUGCGGAUAUCGAUCCAGAAAAUCAAAAUUUCUUGCUCGACUCCAACGUCGGAAAGAAGAAAUAUGAAACUCAGUAUCAUCCGGGUACUACUUCCUUUGGAAUGUCAGUAUUUAAUCUGAGCAAUGCUAUUGUGGGUAGUGGCAUCCUUGGUCUUUCUUUUGCCAUGGCUAACACUGGAAUCGCUCUUUUUAUGAUUCUCCUGACAUUUGUCUCAAUAUUUUCUUUGUAUUCAGUGCAUCUCCUUUUGAAGACUGCCAAUGAAGGAGGAUCUUUAUUGUAUGAACAGCUGGGAAUGAAGGCAUUUGGUAUGGCUGGAAAACUCGCUGCUUCUGGAUCAAUUACAAUGCAGAACAUUGGAGCUAUGUCAAGCUACCUCUUCAUAGUGAAAUAUGAGUUACCAUUGGUCAUCAAGACAUUUAUGAACAUCGAAGAGACCACAGGAGAAUGGUACCUUAACGGUGACUAUUUAGUGCUGCUGGUGUCCGUCAUCCUCAUUCUUCCCCUGUCCUUACUGAGAAACUUAGGAUAUUUGGGCUAUACCAGCGGCUUUUCCUUACUCUGUAUGGUCUUCUUUCUGAUUGUUGUAAUUUGGAAGAUGUUCCAGAUUUCUUGUCCUAUGGACAAUGACAUCAUGAACUUGACAAUUAAUGCAACACUGGCACCUUUCUUACAUGAAAACAUAACAAGUGAUGAUUUGUGCAAGCCAAAAUAUUUCAUCUUCAAUUCACAGACUGCCUAUGCUGUCCCAAUCCUAACGUUUUCUUUCGUCUGCCAUCCUGCAAUUCUUCCUAUCUAUGAAGAACUGAAAAGCCGAAGCCGUAAAAGAAUGAUGACUGUGUCCUACGUGUCUUUUUUUGCCAUGUUUCUCAUGUAUUUUUUGGCUGCUCUCUUUGGAUACCUGACAUUUUAUGGGAAAGUUGAACCAGAACUGCUUCACACCUACUCCGCUUAUCUUGGUGCCGAUGUUCUUCUUCUUAUUGUGCGUCUUGCUGUGCUUAUGGCUGUAACCCUUACUGUCCCUGUAGUUAUUUUCCCAAUCCGCAGUUCCAUUACCCAGCUGUUGUGGGCAGGGAAGGAGUUUAGAUGGUGGCGUCACUGUGCCAUUACAGUUGCUCUUCUGGCGUUUACCAACAUGCUUGUUAUCUUUGUCCCUACUAUUCGAGACAUCUUUGGAUUCAUUGGUGCAUCUGCGGCUGCUAUGCUGAUCUUUAUACUUCCUUCUGCCUUCUAUAUCAAAUUAGUGAAGAAAGAACCAAUGAAGUCAAUGCAAAAGAUUGGGGCUGCACUCUUCCUUCUAAGUGGUAUACUUGUGAUGACUGGGUGUAUGACAUUGAUUAUUCUAGACUGGACCCAGACCCAGAAUGUUGCAUCUGAUGGCCAUUAACUGUCUUGGUGUAAUCUCUAAUACUCCACUUCAAAUGCCAGUGUUCACUCAGAUACCUACUGAGAAUGAAAAUGAGCUAUUCGGCUUCCUUUAAGAUGCAGAUUCUUUGUUGAUGGUUCUUCUGAAUGUAGAAUACCCGAACUCUGUCUUUAAGGAACUAUUCUGCAUGAUGGAAGUGGAUAUUAACAUCAAACCAGUGAGUGUCUGGCUGAAGGAAGUGACAACUUUAUUCCAUUCCAGAGAAUGGACAGAACUCUCUGUAGACUUUAUCAAGCCAUGUUUGGCUUUCGUCAUUGUUACCUGGAUAUUUUGUUAUUUUACUUGAAUGUGCCUAAUGGAACCAUUUGAUGUGAGAAAUAACUCUUUAAUUUACAGCAAAGUGUUUAAAUAACCAAUGAGAGAGAGAAACACUAUUAUUUUUUUGUACCAAAAAUUCUUAUGGACCUCAAAAGCACUAUUUUGACUUUAAGAAAUGUUUUUCUAAAAAGAAUGAACGAAUAAUGUAGAAGAGCUCAUAAAAAUAUUUAAUCAGUGUCCUAAAUUAAAUCUAGUUUGCCUUUCUGUAGAGGCAUAAUUAAAAGAGAUUUUAUUUUAAAAAAUACUUCUAUUGACCAAAACGGAAAGUGAACGAAUCCAAGUCAAAAUCCUCUAAUUAUAGAUAUUUCCUCAUGAAAUUCUCUUAGUUUGAGGUACAGUGAAAAUAAUCAUGAAAAUCAUUUGACAGCUUACUUAAGUAACUACAGUUACCUUAGUUCUCAAAACCAGUGUGGAAACCCAAAUUUUCAAGCUUUAAAAGAGCCACCCUUUUGAAGGGGUAUGAUUGAGAAAAACAUAGUUAAUCUAGGAAUCGGAAAGAUGGCAUUGACAUUUCCCUUCUUGAGGUGCUCAGUAGUGCAAUUGAGUAAAACAGGGUUUGGAAGUUCUGGUUUGUUUUGGCAGUUUUUUUUGUUUUUCCUCCUGUUACAGAUACAAACUGAAUGGCACUGGAGCAUAUGGUGCCAUUAGUACAAAACUCCCUCCUUUAUUAAUAAGGUCCAUUGUCAGUUGUAGCAAUGUUUGUUGGAGUUGGGUUUUUUUUCUGUCCAAUCUACCUUGAAACACUCUGUAGGAAAACAAAAAGGUCCUAAUGUAGUUUACUUAUUGUAUAAUACUCAAACUGUACAGUAUUUCUCAAACUUCUCAUCCAUUAUUGGAUUUUUAAUUAUUUGACUGUUCUGUUUCUGAGUCAAAUUUACAUAAUAACUGCACCAGUAUUUCAUGCUUGGUACAAACUCUCUUCGCAUACACAACUGGGAUUCCUCUUCCAAUUUAUACUGUAUAGUGGUAUUAAAGAUAACCUCAUAGGCUGGAUAGUCAUCUCAUACUUGUUUGCUUCAGAAAUAGGUAAGUUUCUUAUGAGCCCUAGCUAGCUAGCUAAUGAACCAGGUGCUGUAUGGUUGUGAUUAGCUGUUUUGUUUCUAGUGCAUGUUUACUCUUUCGUUCUUAUCCCAGGUUGAAGAGAAAUAACACGUGUAUAACAGCGUACUUGGCUUGUAAGAGGUUCUCAAACACAACAAUAUUGGGUACAAAAGCCUAGAUAGAGAUUAUUAAUGAAAUAAUCAUGGCAACGUGGUCAACUGUCUUCAUCUGACAUGAUGCUUUAAAGAUCUAAUUUUCAAAGUUCCACACGGUCUUUACAUCAGAGGGAACAAGUAAGGGCCUGUAAUCUGUUGAUUAGACAGUGCCUGAGACUUUAUUGCUCUUGUAGAAUUAAUCAGGAACAAAUCUAAAUGACAGCCACCGUUUGGCAGAUAAUGUCAAUCUAUGCCCAGCCAUUUAAAACCUAAGAAAAAAAAUUGCAGGUAUUUUGUAUUGAUACUUCUGCAUGACUGUAAGUACUGGUCGCUAAGUCUGUAGUGUAAAACUGUAAUGAGAAGUUAGAUUCCUCUUGUAUUGUUUGUAUUAUUAGUUUGGUGGUACUCAACUGGCAAUUAACGAUCGUGGAGUCAGCACUGAUGACCGCUCCUUAGGUACUUCUCUGCCUCAGGUACUGUACAUCCAUGGGUAACUGUCCCAUGUUACCUGAUCUCCGCAGAGGUGCUGAGUUUGUGCCUCAGUACUUUGGCAGCUUUUCUUCAUCCUCUCUGCAAACUUAAAAGUGGAAGAGGAUUCAAAUAUUGUCUACCUUUUAGCAAUCUGUAGCAUGUAAGGGAUGAAACGCUUCCCUUGCCAGCAUUUAAAAAGUAAGAGAGUGAGAAAUAGCCUCCUUUCUCUCAGUUAACUGUCAAAGAAGUUACUGCACAGUCCCUCUCAGCAGCCAGAGAGGAGGGAAGCUUUUGUGAUGACACCUCAUAAUGUAUCAUAUAUGUCACUUAAUUCUCUGAAUGUAGCAAUUUCCAGAUUUUACAUUAUGUGUUAUAUUAUUUGGUGACUGGCUGUCCACCUGCAACAGUUGAGUUCCACUUGGCUGGGUUGAUUUCCAACAUCAGAUUAUUUUUUUUCUUUUUUUUUUUUUCUUUCUCCCCCCAAACCUGUCUGCUUAAAGUUAUACCCACGUUACAAACCACCUAAAAGAGCAGCUUCAGUAUUAAACCACUGUUUUGUCACCUCAGUUAGACGUUACUGUCUUCCAUGAUAUUUCAGUCAUAAAUGUAACAUGUUAUUUAUAAAACAUUAAUCCAUUAAAACUAAACCUAUUUUUCAAUAUUUAUGAUAGUCUAUGUACAUAAACUGUAUGUGUGUAUAUACUGUAAGUAUAAUGUAUAUAAUGUAGGUUUGGAACCCAGGAUUUAUGUAUAUAUUCCUCUCUCAUUACUAAUUGUUACAUCAUUUCAAGUCGUCAUUCAUGUUGUACAUCUGUAUAACAACUGUCAAAGGAAAGAUUCUUUUACAACAAAACAGAAUGCUUGCAAAAAUGGAAGAAACGCCUAAGGUGUGUAAGAAAACACUAAGAUAGUAUUUAUUACAAAUGUAUAUGUUGCAAUAAAAACAAGAGUCACUUGGGUCCAUAAAGAGCAUUGUUCAGGUUCACGUAUACUUUUCCUCUAAAAUUUACCAUGGAUGAUACAAUUUCCUGAAUGCAGCAACUUACCAACUUUUAUGAUCUAACGUAUUCGUUAGACCACCAAGUUCAGGCAUCCUGCGGUACCUCGCGUGUACAUAUGUAAAUACCCACUGUAUUGUUAGAGGCCAACACUAGCCACAGUUGUUGGCAGGGAGUGCAACACAGUUUCAAUGAAACAUUGUAUGUUUGUUUUAACUGAAAUAAAUAAAUAGAUAACCCUAAGAAA